AUUGUUUUGCAUUACAUUUAAUAUUGUAAUUGUAGGUAUAGGACAAUGAAAUGCAUUUUAAAAUAUAACAAUAGUCCGAUUAUUUACUGGAACACGUGACCACGCGUUCCCCUUUCACUCUCUUUUCCGACGGUCCUUGAACGUAUCCGCUACACGUUCGAUUGAAUGGGUUUGUUGUUAGACUUCAUCUUUACACAAAAGUUGGUGCUAUUUAAGAGUUUUAGACACUUUCUACAAUAUUGAAUGAACAUUUUUGGGUAAAUGCUCUCAUUCCACGCUAUCCCACUGUAGUAGAACAGGCUUAUGUUUCCUCAAAGGGUGUUAGCUCGUUAGCAUGCUACUAGCAUUCCCCUUAUUGUUUGAAUGGUCGACACACGUCUGAGCUAGUUUUAAGAACAUUGCUGCUUUAAAAAUGGACAUUAAUUUCUACACCGGGCUGCCGGAUGAAUGUGCUCAAAGUGUGGACGCGGAGUUUAUGGACAGCCAAGAAGCAUAUGGCGGAUACUCUGAAGGAAACAAGUUUACGGAAGGCGGCGGUAGUUAUCUAACCAUAGACGGCACUCCUCAUCACUUUUUGAAUGCUGAGCAAACCUUCCACACCCCCAGCCUCGGGGAUGAAGUGUUCGAGAUCCCCCCCAUCUCACUCGACCCGGACUCCUCGCUCACGGAGGCCGUGUCCCACUUCCAGUUAGUGGACGGCUCGGGGGCCGCCGAGGGACCUCCGGCGAGCAACUUGGCGGCGGAGGCGGCUAACGAUCCGUCCUUCGCGGCCACUUUUGUGAGCAGCGGCUCGCCCAGCCUGGAGCAUCUCGACAUGGGAGCCACGGCGGAGGCCAAUGGAGGAGCCCUGCUCAGUUCCUCGUCACUGGAGUUGGGGGAAAGCAGCGGCUCCCAUUUCAGCAGUUCGUCCCCGAUGACCAUCGACGUUCAACUCGGCGACAUGGCUCACGGCCUUAUGGGAAGCAGUCAGCUGACUACAAUCAACCAGACGGAGCUGGUGCUGGGCCUGGAAGAAGGCGGACAUUCCGCAGAGACCUCAGAACAGAAGCCGCUGUCGCCCACUUCUUCUCCAGGUGGCUCCUUACAAGACGAGGACAUGGAUGACUUCAAGAGGAGUGUGCUGGUAGACUCCCCCAUGUCCCAGUCCUCAUCCCAACCAGCUGUGCAGUCCUCCGUCUCAGCCAAAAGGGCCCUGGGGAGCCCCGGCACGGCACAACAGCUCGCAGUGGCGGCGAAAAAAGGCAGGAAGAAGAAAGACCCCAACGAGCCCCAAAAGCCCGUUUCCGCGUACGCCCUGUUCUUCAGAGACACCCAGGCCGCCAUCAAGGGCCAGAAUCCGAACGCCUCUUUUGGAGAGGUGUCGAAGAUCGUGGCGUCCAUGUGGGACAGUCUGGCUGAGGAGCAGAAACAGGUGUAUAAAAGAAAGACGGACACUGCAAAAAAGGAGUACUUAAAAGCGCUUGCAGCUUAUCGAGCCAAUCAGCUGUCACAGCCUCCCGCCGACGAAGAGGAGACGUCGCCUUCGCCACCUCCGCCCGAGGUCACCCAAACUCCCGCGGCCGUCCCCUCCGUAGGUCAGCAGGUGGUCCGGCCGCUAAACGAGGCCGAGCAGAACACCAUCACCAACAUCUGCGCCUCGAACAUUAUCCUGGACGUCCCGGAGAUGGCGACGCGGUCCCGCACGGGGGCAAAUAAACCCAUGCCGACGACACAGGCCAUCACCAAGAUCAUAAUCCCCAAGCACAUGCUCCAGGCGGGGGCGCGGCUCGUCACGCUGCUGCCCGGCGGCGUCCACGGCCUGCAGCCCACUCUCCUGUUAGCCGGCGGGCCCCGCCUGCCGCCACCUCUGCAGCAGAUGCAGAACGCCCCGCCGCCGCCGCCGCUCCAACAGAUGGCGCCGGCGCCGCCGCGCUUGCAGGCCAAGCCCCGCGAGGGAGGAAGCGCCCCCGUGUUCAUCACGGUGGCCCAGCCGCCUCCGCUUAAAAUAAAAAUACUCCCCGCCUCUUUCCAGAAGAAGGACUUGCUGUCCGUCAUCGUCCCCGUCACGGUGAACUCCACCCUGUCCUCAUCCGCACCUGCGGCCACCGUGCGUGUGGUCAAUUCCGCCGUGUCCGCGGGUCAGCGAGAGAAGGUCAUCUCGGAGGCGCUGCCGUCAGAUGAGGACGAGAUGGAGGUGACGGAGUUGUGCGACGGCGCGGCCACGUGCGUGUGUGUGAGGUCGGGCUGCACCAACCCAGCUGUGGAGAGCCAAGACUGGGACAAAGAAUACUGCAGUAAUGAAUGUGUGGCGUCACACUGCAGUGAUAUAUUCAAGGCGUGGUGCUCCUUCAGGAACCAGACUCUGGGAAUGGUGAAGUAAAACUCAGGGACCAUGACAUCACACUUCAGUCAAGUACACAAACAUGUUAGUUCCAGUGGUUAUAUAUUUACAGGGUGUAUAUACAGUAUAGCCAAGACUUUGUAAAUAUGAUGGCAUUCUGAAGUGUCCCCCAGCUAGCUUUCAGCAAACUUUGUAUCACUUUCUGCUUUUUUCUACGACACAGACUUCACUUUUGUGUAAUAAAUGAGCACAACUUGCACAA